AUGCGUGACAGAGUGGUACCCAGCCUGAGCCCACGGCGUGAAUGGAAAUUAUCGACCAACCUUCAUCGAUGCCAUCGCAGUAACUUCAGCUUGCCCAAACAACCCAUGGCAAAGAGAACCACGACUGAGAAGCCGGCCGCGUCCAAGGCGCCUGCAUCGAAGAAGGUUAAGACUGACGCAGAAGCUAGCUCGUCCGCCUCAGCCAAACCCCGAUGGUUCCCCGGCAAAGAACGUGCGGGCCCAUCUGCACCAGGAUCUAAGCCGAUUCCCGAAGGCGCAGAAAAUUGUCUGGCUGGAUUGACGUUCGUCUUUACGGGUGAAUUGGAGUCCCUCACUCGAGAAGAUGCCCAGGCGCUGGCCAAGAGAUAUGGAGGUCGCGUGACUACCAGCCCGUCCUCAAAAACCAGUUUCGUCGUCCUUGGAUCAGAUGCUGGUCCCAAAAAGCUAGAGAUGAUUAAGAAACACAAGAUCAAAACGAUUACUGAGGACGAAUUUCUGAAUUUGAUUGGCUCCAAACCCUCUGGUGAAGUAGAUGCCAAAACGUUGAAGAAGCAAGAGGAAGAAGUGAAAAAGGUCGAACAAGUAGCUAAAUUACUGGGUUCGCCGAAGGGAAGCGUAAGUGAAAAGAAAUCCGCUGGUCAAUUGUGGACAGUUAAAUACGCGCCAAAGAAUCUGGGCGACCUCUGCGGUAACAAGACACAGAUUGACAAAAUUCAAGCCUGGCUUCGUGAUUGGUCCAAGUUCAGACGUUCCAAUUUCACCAAACCGGGCAAAGAUGGAAUAGGAAUGUACCGGUGUGUAGUACUAUCGGGCCCGCCAGGUGUCGGCAAGACAUCAGCUGCCCACUUGGUCGCCAAGGCCGAAGGAUACGAAGUUAUCGAGUUGAACGCCAGUGACACGCGCAGUAAGAAACUCUUAGAGAGUGGCUUCAGAGAUAUCAUUGGUAAUAGUAGUAUAGCCGGUUUCCUGGAGACAACGACGGAGCGCUCGGAGAAAUUGGUGUUGAUCAUGGACGAGGUUGAUGGAAUGUCAGCUGGUGAUCGAGGAGGUGUGGGCGCAUUGAAUGCGCUGAUCAAGAAAUCUCAGAUCCCGAUUAUCGCGAUUGCGAAUGACAUGUCAAUCCCGAAGAUGAAGCCGUUGAAGGCGACUGCUCUUUCGCUUGUUUUCCGGAGACCGAAUGUCAACAUGAUUCGAAGUCGGAUGAUGAGUAUUGCGUUCAAGGAGGGGAUGAAGAUUCCACCCAACGCCAUCGAUCAACUCGUCGCUGGCAGCCAAUCAGAUAUCCGCCAAAUCAUCAAUAUGUUAUCUACCUGGAAGAUCGGCAAUAGUCAACAAGGUCCUUCUAAGACGAUGGACUUUGAUCAAGCGCGUCUAUUAACUUCUGAGAAUGAGAAGGAUGCCAUCAUGUCACCUUGGACAUUGAUGAGCAAGCUCUUUGCUCCACAAACUUGGAGUCAAAUGAGCUCAAUGACGUUCAUUGACAAGUGUAAUUUAUACUUUCACGACCACGACAUGUUGCCAUUAUUUGUACAGGAUGGCUACGUGAAGCAUGAUUACGGACAAGCCAGGACGCUCGCUGGUCAGGAGAAGUCCGCUAAGAAAAUGGAGCUGCUCUCGUUGGCUGCCGAUUCGAUUGCAGAUGGGGAUUUAGUAGAUCGAAUGAUACAUGGCCCACAGCAACAUUGGAGUCUGAUGCCACUUCAUGGAGUGUUUUCGGUCGUCAGGCCGGCUUACUACUGCCAUGGGCCAUCCACCUCGGGCGAUUUUGGUGGAUUUUCGUUUCCGUCUUGGUUCGGGAAGAAUUCGACCCAAGGCAAACUGAAUCGAGUUAUGGGAGAGAUUCACGGUCGAAUGCGAAUGAAGAUCUCAGGCGAUAAGAGGGAGACAUUAAUGAACUAUCUCCCUAUCUUGUACCCAAGAUUGAUCGACCCGCUACGGGAUGGUGGUGUGGAGGCGGUCGAUGAAAUUAUUGAGCUGAUGGACGACUACUUUUUAACUAAGGAGGAGUGGGAUAAUUUGGUAGAGUUGAUGGCCAUAGGGAAAUCGCCAGAAGAGCUAAUGAAGCAAAUUCCAUCGGCAACCAAAGCCACGCUGACCCGGAAAUACAACAAAGCUUCCCACCCGAUCCCAUUCCAAAAGGAAGUCAUAGGGCUUGCGGUUUCCAAAAAAAUCAAAUCUGACGCAAUUCCUGACGUGGAAGAGCUGGCUGAGUCGGAUGAGGAUCCAACAGAUAUUACGAAAGAUAAGUUGAUCAAAGCUAAGAAACCUGGACGGGCCUCCGCAGCUGGAGCCAAGACCAUUAAAAAAGCUGCUUCCUCCUCUAAGCCGACCCCUAAAACUAGCCGGGCUCGAAAAUCUAUAAAGUAG